AUGAGUCUAGGAGAGGUAGCUGGAGUGAGCAGAAUGAGGAGGGUUAGGGCUGUGGUGGGGCUGCCCUCUUUGUGGUGUCAUGAGGAUGCCUACCUUAGGUCCUAUGCUCGAUCUCUGCUGGGGUUCCUAGGCUUCAUCUUCUGGGGUACUGCUGCAGCUCAGAUGUUUGGUGGAGUUUCAGUGAUCCUGAUGUUCAAGAACUACAGAUCUUUAUUUCAGGAGUCUUACUUGUCUCUCCCUGGUUGGUUGGCUCUUGCAACUGCACUUACAUUGCUACCUACUGGAAUUUUGGCUGUCUCUAUUUCUGUUAAGUGUUCCCGCAAUCAACAAGGGACUUUUAUGUACUUGCUGCUGCUCCUUCUUUGCUUAGAAAUGUCUUCAGCAGCUCUGGCAUGUUCCUACCAUGUUAGGACAGCUUCUCAUCUGGAAAGUGCUAUCAGUUACCUUGUUCACCAGCACAACUGGACAUGCUCCCAGGAUCCUGGAAACAGUGCUGUGGACGUGAUGCAGAAGAAGCUGAAGUGUUGUGGGGUCCACAACUACACAGACUGGCUAAAGGCAUCAUCUUUGUAUCAUCCAGCUUGUAUCCCUGAAAGCUGCUGCAAGGAGAAGCAUUCUCACUGCAGGGGAGACUUAGGCCAUGUGGAGUGGCUUUCUGAGGAAGGCUGUCUAAAGAAGCUGGAAGACCUGUUGUGUUUUUCCAUGCUGUACAUUUUUUGGUGUUGUACUGUGCUAAGCAUCUUGGAGCUCUUGGCUGCUGUCAGCAAUGGCAUCCUUAUGAGACGUCAGCCAUUCCAUGAACUUCAUAUUCUGGACUCAUAUAUCUUCUCACAGGACUAUAGGUACUAG